CUUUCUUUCUCACCUUAACUGGUUGUUCAUACUCAACAAAAAUUCUCUUUCAUUCUUCUUCUUCUACUCUCUCCACCUAAUUCCAAUAUGCCAGUUGACGCCUCUCCAGUUUCCGGCCAAACUGUUUGUGUCACCGGCGCUGGUGGCUUCAUAGCUUCAUGGAUGGUUAAGCUCCUCCUCGAAAGAGGCUAUUAUGUCAAAGGAACCGUGAGAAAUCCUGAUGAUCCGAAGAAUCGCCAUUUGAGGGAGCUUGAAGGAGCAAAGGAAAGAUUGACUCUAUGCAAAGCUGAUCUUCUUGAUUAUGAGCGUCUUAAAGAAGCCAUUAAUGAAUGCGAUGGAGUUUUUCAUUCUGCUUCGCCUGUGACAGAUGAUCCAGAACAAAUGGUGGAGCCAGCGGUGGUUGGAACUAAGAAUGUUAUUCUUGCAGCGGCCGAGGCAAAAGUCCGGCGUGUGGUCUUCACUUCGUCGAUUGGUGCUGUCUACAUGGACCCCAAUCGGAGCCCUGAUGUCAUCGUAGACGAGUCUUGUUGGAGCGACCUUGAAUUUUGCAAGAACACGAAAAACUGGUACUGCUACGGAAAAGCAGUGGCAGAGCAGGCGGCGUGGGCGGAGGCGAAGGAGAGAGGGGUGGACUUGGUGGUGGUGAACCCGGUGCUGGUGCUAGGACCACUGCUGCAACCAACAAUCAAUGCUAGCAUUAUUCACAUCCUCAAGUAUUUAACUGGCUCCGCAAAGACUUACGCUAAUUCUGUUCAGGCCUACGUGCACGUUAGGGAUGUAGCACUAGCCCACGUUCUUGUUUACGAGAAUCCGGCUGCCGCUGGCCGGUACCUCUGUGCCGAAAGCGUGCUCCACCGUGGCGACGUGGUGGAGAUUCUUUCCAAGUUCUUCCCUGAAUACCCCAUCCCCACCAGGUGUUCAGAUGAGGAGAACCCAAGAGCAAAACCCUACAGGUUCUCCAACCAAAAGCUCAAGGAGCUAGGGUUGGAGUUUACACCAGUGAAGCAGUGUCUAUACGACACCGUUAAGAGCCUGCAAGAGAAGGGUCAUCUUCCUAUGCCUACACACCAACAAAAGAACUCGCUUAGAGUUCAAUCUCUUAUAUAAAUCAAAGUGUUUUUAUUGUUGCCACUGAGUCAGAGUGAGUUUGUAUAAAAAAUGGUAUCACCGAUGGCUAAUUAACAAUAUUGUUAAAAUUAUAAUAUUUGAUAAUAUUUUGAUUUAUUUAA